UUCCGUUUGAUCUGGCAUGCCUUCUUCUCCACCCCUUCCUCAUUGCUGUUUUCUUCUCUGAGUUUUACAUUUAUAUAUAUAUAUUCCUUUGAUCGUCCCAUAUGAUUUUGGUUGAUCAUUUCGCUAAUUGUUCUGAUUAUUGGCUGAAUUUCCAAUUUCCUGUUGAUUUGCGACUUUGUUAAUGGAAUUGAAAUCACCCUAAAACAUGUGAUUUGAUCCUUUUUUUUGUUGGUUAGGAAUGGCUGGAAUCACUCGUUGAUUUGUUGAAUUGAGCUUUAGGGCGUAUCUAGUUCCUCAUCACUUCUUUGGAUUUGUGUAAUUACAUUUUUAUGCUGUGGCUUUUUACAAUGGCAUUGAUGCUGUUAAGUUUCAUAAUUUAGUAUUUUUGUCCACAAACACUUUUUCAGAGAUUCUAAGGGUUUUUAGUGUUUUCCUCUCUUGGCAAAAACAAGAAGAGAUUUAGCUUCUUUAGAAGAAAAGUGCCAACUUUUGUGAUAAUUGUGGAUGGGUGCCCCAAAGCAGAAGUGGACACCAGAAGAAGAAGCAGCUCUUAAAGCUGGAGUUCGUAAGCAUGGGACUGGAAAGUGGCGUACCAUACUCUCGGAUCCUGAGUUUAGUUUAGUCCUAAAGUCUCGCUCUAAUGUUGAUCUUAAGGAUAAGUGGAGAAAUAUAAGCGUCACAGCGUUAUGGGGUUCAAGGAAGAAGGCUAAACUUGCGCUUAAAAGGACUCUCCCAGCCACUAAACCGGAUGAUAACAACACAGCUGUUAGCAUUGUGGCUUUGGCUAAUGACGAUGAACGGGCAAAACCAACUUCACCUGGACGUUCUGGUGGUGGAUCACCACGAGCUUCUGCUUCAAAGAGAUCAAUUACAAGUUUGGAUAAGAUCAUCUUGGAGGCAAUUACCAACUUGAAGGAACUACGCGGUUCUGACAGAACAUCAAUCUUUAUGUAUAUAGAGGUAAGUCCACCGUUGGGAUUUUAAUGUUUCUUUGGGGGUUGCUGCAUACU